AUGAGUGUCGCAUACGAACCCCGAAACUUCAUCAACGAGGGCGCCUACCCGCCCAUGGGUGAUGAGCACGACCAUGCCGACCAACGAUUUACCGACCGCGAUGUCGCCGAACAAUUAAGCCACUACACCACCGAGGCCGGAAUGCUGCCGGAUGAUAGAGAUGUGAUCGGAGAUGACAGAGGCAUGCUCCCCGAAGACGCCGCUGCUGUACAGGAUGCCGCCCGGAUCGAUCUAACGGCAACCUUUCCCUCUCCCGUCCCCGUCCAGCUGCCCCAUCCGCAACUUUCAGUCGAGGCCUUCCCACCCAGCAAGGAUCCGUCCCCAGGUGCCGAAUCGAACUCGUCACGUCCCAAGAGUAUUCCAAAGCCGGAUCGUGAUGUUUCGAAGCAAGCGGAUGGGAAGUUUCAUUGCCCGCUUGACGAGUGCAAGGAAGAUGUUCGAGCGUUCUCGCGAAAAUGCGAAUGGAACAAGCACAUGGAUAAGCACGAACGACCUUACCGCUGCCUAGUAGAAGGCUGUGAGAAUCUGCCAGGCUUCACCUACUCAGGCGGUCUCCUGCGACACGAACGGGAAGUUCACGGGAAGCAUGGGGGACCAAAGAACACGGUUAACUGUCCUCACCCAAACUGCAAACGACAUACGGGCAAGGGCUUCUCCCGUCAAGAGAAUCUUAACGAGCAUCUCCGACGAGUUCACACCAGCCCUGAUAAUGAGGCGUCUCCUCCCGUUGACGCCGUGCAGUCCCCCGAAGAAAAUGAGAGUGAGAGCAAGCCUGGCAUCAAGAGAAAGCGCCGCUCUAGUGGAGGAAUCAAUAGCCACGGCGAUGAACUCAUGGAACUCCGCCAGGAAGUAAAGCGAGUUCGCGAGGAGAACGAAAAGCUAAAGGCCGAAAUGGACCAGCAAUCACAGCACUCCCUCGCCAUGAUGACACAGAUUGCCGAGCUCCAGGACGCAUUGCGACACGGCCUCGGCCAGAAUGCUCUCGGUGCCCCAACAGCACAGAUGAUCUAG